GUAUUAGUGAAGAGGCGCACAAUUAGCUUAUUGUUCCUUUCUGUAUUGUGCUGAGAGGAUCCUAGGGGUUGGUGGGGGAACAGGCAAGCCAGGCAUCACUGUGGUUGUGCAAGAAGGGAGUUACUGAAACCUCGGCAUCUUCACUCGCUCACUCUGGAAUUACAGCUAUUUAUUACCAAGCACUCUGUGUGGGUUGGUGGAGUGCGCCUGAGGAAACAACCCAGACACCACUUGGGGUUAUCUUUCUGAGGUCUUCUGUCUCCUACUAAUUCUUAUCAUUAUCAUGGAGCCCAACAGUCCCAAAAAGAUACAAUUUGCCGUGCCUUUAUUCCAGAGUCAAAUUGCACCCGAAGCAGCUGAGCAGAUCAGGAAAAGAAGACCCACCCCAGCAUCACUUGUGAUUCUCAAUGAUCAUAACCCCCCAGAAAUAGAGGAUAAGAGGAUGAACAACACACAGGGAGAAACACAGACUGCAUCUCCUAAGCAAAGGAAGCAGAGUGUGUACACACCUCCUACCAUGAAAGGGGUUAAGAAUUUGAAGGGCCAGAACGAGUCAGCAUUUCCUGAAGAAGAAGAAGGUAUAAAUGAAAGAGAGGAGCAGUGGGACCAUUAAUUAUGGAUAUGCAGCAAGAAGGAUUCUGGGAACAAACAGAACUAUUAACUUUUCUGAUUAUCCCAUGGAACCCCACGCUCAACUUUCAGGAACAUUCUCCAUCUUUGCACUCUACCCAUACAGUAGUAAAAUGCUUUUGGGAAGCCCUCUUUGACUGGUCUUUAGCACUAAGUACAAUUGUUCCAUAUUACUUAUAAUCAAAGAAUAUAAACCUUUAUUUUAUGGUGACUUUUGUUUCUAACAACUUAAAAAUUUGCAAACAUGAGUGUUCUAACUUUAAUACUGCCAGAGCUUAAUCCUUAACAUCUUACUGAUAUGGUUUGCCUUCUAAGGUCCAAUGUAAAUAGCAUCAUUUUAAGAGUAUAAAAUAAAUAUGAGAUACAUUUAGACAUGAGUGUGUGUCUGAGU